AUGUACCAGGUGCGACAGAAAUAUGAACUCAGGUACCCACAUGAAGAAUGGAGGUAUGAACUUCGAGUACGCUACAUGCCGGAUUCUUACACUUCACUCCAAUUAAAGGAUAAAGUUACAUUCUACUACCUCUAUGAUCAGGUUCGAAAUGAUUACAUGCGGGACAUUGCAGAACACAUAGAUCCUGAUGUUGCUAUCCGACUUGGCUGUAUAGAAAUGAGACGGUUCUUCAAGGACAUGCCUAAGGCUGCCCUAGACAAGAAAUCAAAUUUAGAGUUCCUGGAGAAAGAGAUUGGACUGAAAAGAUUUUUACCUCGAAAUGUCAUUGAAUCAAUGAAGGCCAAGAACCUUCGGAGGCUGAUCCAACAUCGUUUCAAAAUGUACUCUUCCCUAACUGAAUCUGACUGUGUUUUCAAGUUCUUUGAGACUUUGUCAACUGUAACUAAGUUCAACCAGGAGCGCUUUAAAUGUGCCUUAGGAUAUAGCUGGAGUAUUUCUGUUGAGUUAGUCGUAGGCCCAGAUGUUGGCAUCAGUUAUCUAACUGAGAAAGCUUCGACGCCAACUCAUAUUGCAGACUUCCAAGAUGUGCAAUCCAUCCAGACGUUGUCACCAAACUCUGAUGACAGCAAAGGGGUGCUACAACUGAAGAUUGCUGGUGCCACAGAGCCACUAAGUUUAAGCUGCGUUUCCCUGGCUGUGGCAGAAGAUAUGGCUGAUCUCAUCGAUGGCUACUGUCGACUUGUCAACAACCGGCAGGAAACUCUCUGGAGGCGAAAAACUGACAGCUGUAGAUGUUCCUCAGCUUCUGAAAGUGAAGCGGACACUAUUCCUCGAACACCACGUUCCAGCAUUCAGCAAUCGACGAGCAGUAGCUACAGCAAAUCAAAUGAACCAGUGAGUCCAUCAGAGCGAGUGUCUGACUAUGCUGAGAUUGUAGAAGAAGAAGGAGAUUACAGCGUUCCAGAUGGUGAAAAUCUACGUGCUUCUCGACGGAAGAAAAAUAUUAAGCCCAAAGACUAUGAAAUAUCUCGGGAAUCAAUUCGUCUUGAAGAGAUUCUGGGAGAAGGACAGUUUGGCGACGUUUACCGUGGGCUGUUUUAUGAUAAGGAUGUAAAGGAAAUUCCUGUUGCUGUGAAAACUUGCAAAGAAGAUAAUGAAGAUUCAAUGACUGAGAAGUUUUUGGAAGAAGCUUAUAUUAUGCAACAAUUUGACCAUCCACACAUCAUCAAGUUGAUAGGUAUAUGUUCCAACUCCAGGCCUGUGUGGAUUGUAAUGGAACUGGCCAAACAUGGAGAGAUGAGGGCUUAUCUUCAGAAUAACAAACAACGGUUGGACCAAGUAACACUAAUUAUGUAUGCGUAUCAAUUAAGUACUGCACUUUCCUAUUUGGAGAGCAAAAAGUUUGUUCACCGAGAUAUUGCAGCUCGAAAUGUGUUAGUGUCAGCCAAUGACUGUGUAAAACUUGGAGACUUUGGCUUGUCAAGAUGGGUAGAAGAACAAAGCUAUUAUAAAGCCUCUAAAGGCAAACUACCAAUCAAAUGGAUGGCCCCUGAAUCAAUCAACUUUCGCCGUUUCACCACAGCUAGUGAUGUAUGGAUGUUUGGUGUGUGUAUUUGGGAGAUUCUAAUGUAUGGAGUGAAGCCAUUCCAAGGAGUAAAGAACAAUGAUGUGAUUGGAAAGAUAGAAGGUGGAGAGCGAUUGCCACUACCAACUGACUGUCCCCCUUCUCUCUAUUACCUGAUGACUACCUGCUGGGCAUAUGAGCCAUCCAAGAGGCCUUCAUUCGCUAACCUCAAAACUUGGCUAGGGUCCAUUUUACAAGAGGAAAGACAUCGUAAAGAGGAGGAGAUGAAAAGAGACAAUAGGAGAGUACAUACUAUAUCUUGGGAAUCUAAUGAAUGUGAAGAUGAACCACCUCCAAAGCCUGCUCGCCCCAGUCACCCUAUGUCCCCUACCGGUUCCACUCCCAACUUGUCCUUUGACAGCACCGAUUUUCAAGUACAGCAUCAGUGGAACAGCACCACGAAUCUUCCAACCAAUUAUGGCACCCAAGUUCUCCAUGCCAAUUCUCUUCCAAUUGGUAACAGGUUUGAUGGAAUCCGACGGGGGUUCUUCUCAGCUACAAGUGGCUACAGCCAGCUUCCACCUAAAAUGCACCCAGCUGGCAUGUCUGUGGGCACAGGCAUGGAUGCUGCCAUGACAGGCCCACCUUUUAGCUCUGCCCAAGAUGCUCUACAGAUGAGACGAAACCAAGAGUUGGCUACCCUGACUGCCACUGGACAUUACCAAGUGCCCUCCCCCAGGGAUUCUCAAGUGUUUCCGUCUUCACCAUCUCCACAACCUCAGUAUGGGACAAAUGAAAGGUAUCCACCUGAAAAUCAACAGACUUUUCCAAUUGAACAUUUGUCAUCGUCAUCAUCCAGUGUAGCUGCAGGAGAUUUACAGAUUCAUCGACAAGAUUCAUUUAAUGGAGGAAUUGGACACCGGCAUUAUUCACCACCGGAUCAUCCUAUUUUGACAAACAGUGAAAUGUCUCUCGCUCAACACAUGCAGGUGACCACAGAAGAAAUGGAACAACAGAUGUUGGAAGACCAGCUUCGGAGGCAACAACAAGAAUCAGAAGAAGAUGCCAAGUGGUUACAGAGCCGAGAAAGUAAAUUGCUGAAUGAUAAUCCAUCAAUGAAUCACAUUCAACCAAAUACCCCAGCUGCAACUGGACCACCACCACAAACACGGCGAACAACCAGGUUACCUAGUCAAGUAUCAAAUGGCAGUACUAGCAGCAGUAUUAGUGAAAUUGAUAACCAAGCAACUUCAGUCAAUACUAGGAACCAGAUUCCACCUACUGCUGAUUUGGAUCGAACCAAUGACCUUGUGUAUGAAAGCACUACAAACGUAGUACGAGCUGUGAUGGAACUGACUCGAGUAGCUUACAUCAUUCGGUCAGAUGACUAUAUAGAAUUUGUACAGAAAAUUGGAGGAGCAUUGCGUGGUUUGCUAUCAAAUGUUGAUGCCAUGUCAUCUGGACUUCAGCCUGAGGAACAUCUACAGAUUGAAUCGGCACAGAAAGUCUUAAGUAGUGACAUGGCCUCCCUGAUAGAUGCCAUGAGACUUGCCCAACAAUACAGCGUGGCUCUAGAUGGAGAAUAUUUGAAACGGAUGCUGAAGGCGGCGCACAAUCUUGCUGUGGACUCCAAAACCUUGCUGGACACAGUGGACUCCACUCGCUUAAAACAACGGACAACAACAGAGGUGGGCGGAAACAGAGGCAGCUGA